GCACCAGGAAGUCAUGAUGACGUAUUCAGUCUGCGACCAGAACGUUUUCAUACUGAAGCACUUCUCACAGGAGGACAGCAGCGAUUAAACAUUCAGCUUGUUCGCUUGAAACAGAUUAUUUUGGUUCAUCGCGUCUUUUUGGUCACUAAUUCGGGCCUAUUUUGAGCCUAGAAGAUGUCUCUAGCUGACGAGCUCCUGGCUGAUCUGGAGGAAGCCGGAGAUGAGGGAGAGGAUGGACUGUAUCCAGAAGGAGAGGAGGGGGACAGCGAUGGAGAGAGGAGUCAGGGAAGGAUGGAGGGAGGGCUGGAAGACAUUCCAGAGGAGAUGGAGGUGGAUUACAGUAAAGCUGAGAGCGUGGCGUCCAUCGCUAAGCUGCGCAAUAGCAAACAGUUUUCAGACAUUAUGGAGAAAAUCUCAGAAUAUAUCGGAAAGCAGCGCAAAAACUCAGAUGUUUCAGGUCCAGUUGAGGCCGAUCCAGAAUACAGGCUGAUUGUAGCAGCCAAUAAUCUCACAGUGGAGAUCGACAACGAGCUCAACAUAAUUCAUAAAUUCACUAGAGACAAAUAUUCCAAGAGGUUUCCAGAGCUCGAGUCUUUGGUGCCAGAUUCUCUGGAUUACAUCCGCACAGUCAAGGAGCUGGGAAACAAUCUGGAGAAAUGUAAGAACAAUGAGACGCUGCAGCAAAUCCUGACCAAUGCCACCAUCAUGGUGGUCAGCGUCACAGCUUCGACCACGCAGGGAUCACUGCUGAGUGAGGAUGAACUGAAGCAGCUCGAAGAGGCGUGCGACAUGGCGCUGGAGCUGAACCAGUCCAAACACGGGAUAUACGAGUACGUGGAGUCCAGAAUGUCCUUCAUAGCCCCGAACCUGUCCAUCAUCGUGGGAGCGUCGACUGCUGCCAAGAUCAUGGGAAUCGCUGGCGGCCUCACUAACCUUUCGAAGAUGCCGGCCUGUAACCUGAUGCUGCUGGGGGCUCAGAGGAGAACGCUGUCCGGCUUCAGCAGCACGUCUCUGCUGCCGCACACAGGAUUCAUCUACCACUGUGACGUCGUGCAGUCGCUGCCGCCUGACCUGAGGAGGAAGGCGGCCCGUCUGGUGGCAGCGAAAUGCACCCUGGCUUCACGAGUGGACAGUUUUCACGAGAGCUCAGAUGGAAAGGUUGGCUAUGAUCUGAAAGAAGAGAUCGAGAGGAAGUUUGAUAAAUGGCAGGAGCCGCCGCCGGUGAAGCAGGUCAAACCUCUGCCAGCGCCGCUGGACGGACAGAGGAAGAAGAGAGGAGGGAGAAGGUAUCGAAAGAUGAAGGAGCGUCUCGGGCUGACGGAGAUCAGGAAGCAUGCCAACAGAAUGACCUUUGCAGAGAUUGAAGAUGAUGCGUAUCAGGAGGAUCUGGGCUUCAGUCUGGGUCAGCUGGGAAAAAGCGGCAGCGGCAGAGUCAGACAGGCUCAGGUCAACGAGGCCACCAAGGCGAGGAUCUCCAAAUCCCUGCAGAGGACGUUGCAGAAGCAGAGCAUGACGUAUGGAGGAAAGUCCACAGUCAGAGAUCGCUCGUCGGGAACCAGCUCCAGUGUGGCUUUUACUCCCCUUCAGGGCCUGGAGAUCGUAAAUCCUCAGGCUGCAGAGAAGAAGGUGGCUGAAGCCAACCAGAAAUAUUUCUCCAACAUGGCAGAGUUCCUCAAAGUGAAAAAGGAAUCAAAGAUGUAGCCUGGUGCAUUUGUCAUUUUCUCAUAUGUGCUCCACCUUGUUUAUUUUUAUUUUUUACCAUUGUAAUAAAAUGUUUAAAGUCUUGAGUUUGGUUUAAAAUAAUGUGAACUGUAAUGAUUUGAAUGUUCUAUUUUUAAAAAUGAUCUUCAUUAAAGAGUUUAACCCUA